AUGCUGCAUUCAACUCACCCGCGUCUAGGUGUAGUUAUGGGCAACCCCACCCCUCAUCCUCCCUGUACACUGCAAAGGGGAUAUGGAGGAGUUGCUGCGCUGCUGCAGCAGCUAAACUGCGGCAGCAAAUGUGUGCAGGCGCAGGCAGUCGCUGCGCUAGAUUCCUUCUUCGUACAAGCCGAGCAGUGUGUUGCCGCAUACAAAGCCGGCAUAAUUCCCCUCCUUAUUCAAUUUGCUGCUGGCAAGGUGCAGCCCAUAAAGCGUUUGUCUGUCAAGGCCUUGGCGAGGUUUGCGUCUCAUGACGGGCCACGUCGUUUGCUGCUGCUUCCCCCUGCUGAGCAGCAGCAGCAGCAACUUCUACUACUGCUGCAGCAGCAGCAGACCAUUCGUUUGUAUUUGAAUCAGCCCGGGCUAUCGAAAGAACGGCAGCAGCAGCUGCAAAUGCAGCAACAGCAGCUGCAGCAGCAACAGCAGCAGUUGCUACAGCAACCGCAGCAGGAAUUGCUACUGCCCUUGCUGCCGUUACUAGACGACAGGGACACAGAAACUCGAAUGGCUUUUAUUCAACUCUCCCUUCAUGUUGCUGGCAGGCGCGAAGGAGCGGAGUUCCUAAUUGUAAAGGGGGUGCUGCAGUCAGUGCUGCAGCGGCUGCUGCCUCCUGAUGCAGUAAGUAACACAUAUGUGUCUCUUUUAAUAGAGGAGCUGCAGCAAAAAUGGGAGGAGCAACAGCAAAAGCAGCAGCAGCAAAAUCCUCAGCAGCAGCUCCUACUGCAGCUAGCGCAGUCGCAGCAGCAGCAGCAUCCGCAGCAGCAGCGCGGCUUCCCUCCUGGAUGUGCUGACGGUGCCUUCGGCUUUGUUCGAGAAGCUUGCUGCACGCAGCAGCAACCGCAGCACCAGCAGCACCAACAACAACAGCAACUACAACGGCCGCAGCAGCAGCAACACCAGCAACAGAAGCAACAGCAGCAGCAGCAGCAACAACUGGAAGUUCUGCAUCAGCUCGUGGAGAGGUCAGACACUGGACGUGUUCACUUUGGCGCCUGCAGCAGUGCAGCAGCGGCAACUCCUGCUGCUGCAGGCAGCAGCAGCAGCAACGGCAGCAGCUGGUGCAACGGAACCACCGUUGCGUAUAUACCUGAAACACUUUGUAUCGACGGUUUCUUUGGGUACAUACGCUGCUGCAGCAGCGGUUGCAGCAGUAGCAGCAACUACAGCAGCAGCAGCAGGUGCUGCCCAGCUGGCUAUAUACCGGAAACACGCUGCUUAGAUGGUUUCUUUGGCUUUAUCCGCUGCGCGAGCCACUGCAAUAGAAGCAGCAGCAGCAGCAGCAGCAGCAGCAGCUGUUGCGACAAGUUAGACUACAUGCAGCAGCGUAUGCUGGCAUAUGGAGGGUAUGGAUGGGUCUCAUUCCCCAUGGCAUGCAGCAGCAGCAGCAGCAGCAGCAGCACGUGCAGCAGCCCAUUAGAAUUUAUGCAGCAGUGCAUGCUAGCAUAUGGAGGGUAUGGAUGGGUUACAUUCCCCUUUGCAUGCAGCAACAGCAGCAGCUGCAGCAGCUGCUGUUGCAGCAGCAAGGCAGACUUCAUGCAGCAGCGCAUGCUGGCGGAUGGCGGGUACGGAUGGGUCUCAUUCCCCUUGGCUACCACCGGCAGCAGCAGCAGCUGCAGCAGCAGCAGCAGCAGCAGCAGCUACGCUAUCGAUGGUGCCUAUGGGUUUGUUAGGGAGGCAUCCCCCGCAGCAGCAACAGCAGCAGCGACACCGCAAGACAGCUACGAGCAGGUGCUACAGCAGCGCCAGCAGCAGCGGCAGAAUCACCGCAUCCCUUACAUGCAUGGGUCCCCAUGCCACUGGGCCUAUUACGAGGUGGUGGCGCAGCAGCAGCAGCAGCAGCAGAACAGGAGGCUUAACAUACAUCCGCGUGUAUGGCUAACAGUGGAUGUCUCCCAGCAGGUGCAGCAAAUCCUGCUGCUGCAACAGCAGCAGCAGCUGCAAAAGCUGGUACAGCUGCAGCAGCAGCGGGUAGAUGAACUCAUUACCCCCCCAAGCAUCCCACAUGCUGCAACAGCAGCAGAGACAGCAACAGCAGCAGCAGAAGCUGCAGCAGAAGCUGCAGCAGAAGCUGCAGCAGAAGCUGCUGCUACAGGAACGGAGAAGCAUCUUGAGGUUGCGGCGACAACGGCAGCAGCAGCAGCAGUAACUGUAACUGCAGCAGCACCAGACCCCCCGAUGAGGGAGGACCACGGUGCUGCUGCUGCUGCUGCUGCAGUAGACUACUCUUAUCCGUCAGCAGCAACACCAGAACCAGAACCCGAAGCAGAAACACCUGCUGCAGCAGACUGCAACCGAUUGCAGCCGCCAGCACCAGCACCCGUAUCAGCAGCAGCAUCAGCACCAUCAGCAGCGUCAGCAGCAGCAGCAGCUGCAGCAGCUGCAGCAGCAGCAGCAGCAGCAGACCUCAGUAUUCCAUGCCCAGCUACUAGGACAGAGCGUGCUGCUCUGCUGCAGCUGCUGCAUGCAUUUGCUGCUGCAUCUAACACAGGCCUUGAUGUAGCAGCAGAUAUAAAACCCCAAGCAGUGCAGCAACUAUUUGAUUGGGCAUUUGCUGCUGAUGUUGCUCCUCCUGCUGCUGCUGAUGCUGCUGCUGGGGGCCCUCCCUGCAACACGUGUGGAAGAGGCAGAGGCACCAGCAACAGCAACAGCAGCAGCAGGAAAUCAUCUGCAGUAGAGCAAGACACUACGCCUGCUGCUACAGAAGCAAGGGCAGCAGCAGCAGUAGUUGCUGCAUCUGCUGGUGCAUCCCCUAGAGCAGUAGCAGCAGCAUCUGUUGCUGCUACCCCUGCUGUUGCUCCUACCCACAAGAAAACAGCAGCAGCAGCAAACAGCAGCACCUCUACUACAUCCUCCCGCCAACUACUGAGCAAGCAGCAGCAGCAGCAACAGCAGCAGCAGCUGUUUGUCUCUGGCUCGAGCCGCAGCCCUUCCCCCAACCCCCCUGCUGCAGCUGCUGCUGCAGGCACGGGGGGAGGAGCAGCAGGCACAGGAGGAGGGGCAGCAACAGCAGCAGCAGGAGCACCAAACCCUGCUGCAUCAAGGAAAACUUACAUUGCACAGCUGCUGCGGUUUAUAUCUAUAGUAGCAGGACUAAAGGUGCAGCAGCAGCAGCCUGUGCUGCUAGCAGCAGGUUUGCUGCCGCGCUUAGAGGCACUCUUAUCUUUGCUGCUGCAGGGAGCAGCAAACCCCACCCCUCCCUGCAGCAGCAGCAGCACCUGCAACGCAACUAGCAGCAACAGCAGUAGUAGCAGCAAAGGCAACAGUAGCACCGGCAACAGCAACAGCAGCAGCAGCAACCACAACAACAGCAGCAGCAAGGGGUGUCCUAAAACAGGGGAAGCUGCGCAGCCGCAGCCGUCGCAGCAGCAGCAGCAGCAAGAAGGGGAAACGGAGAUGCCUACCUCCCUAGUGCACUUAGUUGCAGCUGCUUGCCUCCUAGAACAAGAACCCGCCAACCUCAAUAUGCAGCGGCAGAUGCUGCGUCCUUUGCUGCAGCAGCAGCUGCAGCAGCAGCAGCAGCACUUAGAAGUGAUGAUGAGGGAGACAACAAACAACAAAGAGAGACAACUGCAGCAGCAAACAGCAACUCUUGUUGCUACGCUUCUUGCUUCCCUGCAGCGCAGAGGAAGCACUCCAGCAGCAGCAGCAGCAUCAGCAGCAGCAGCAGCAAGCUCUGCAGCAAAGGGUCAUCCUUCUGCUGCUCCUGCUGCUGCUAAGAAGCACUAA